AUGGCCGAGAACUAUCGCAUCGAGUACAACUGGAUCAAGGGUGUGGAGACACUCGAAGGUUACCAGCCUGGGGACAAACUUGGUUUUGGGAGCUAUUCGACUGUUUGGCUUGCCCGAGAUACUCAUCUGAGCCGAUAUGUUGCUGUGAAGGUCAACAUAGCCGACUCGAAUCCGCGCGAGAUGGUGUUCAUUCAAGAGUAA